AUGGAACCUUGUCAAUGCGCAUCAGCGGCAGUCGUAUGUGUUGGCCUGCUGGCGGUCAGCCAUCUUGGUCGGGCUGAGAGCUGGAUGACAGGCUGUGGCUCUGAGACCAAAACACACACAGAUUACAGGAUGGUAUUGUUGGCGAAACAGAUUUAUUUCAGAUUCUCUCUCUCACUCUCUCUCUUUUUUCAGGGUCGGCAUGUCAAAACAGGCCAGCUUGCAGCCAUCAAAGUUAUGGACGUCACUGGCGUAAGUCACAUGCACGCACGUGCACACACACACACAAAAAUAAAGAAAGCUAUCCCAAAUUGUUCUCAACUGUGUUUGUGUGUGUGUAUAUCACUAUAAGGUGUUUGUAUCACUAUAAGGUGUUUGUGUGUGUGUGUGUGUGUGUGUGUGUGUGUGUGUUCCAGGAUGAGGAAGAGGAGAUUAAAGCAGAGAUCAACAUGUUGAAGAAGUACAGCCACCAUCGGAACAUUGCUACCUACUAUGGUGCCUUCGUCAAGAAAAAUCCACCUGGUAUCGACGACCAGCUAUGGGUACGUAAGUGUUUGUACAGUGAGGGGAAAAAAGUAUUUGAUCCCAUGCUGAUUUUGUACGUUUGCCCACUGACAAAGACAUGAUCAGUCUAUAAUUUUAAUGGUAGGUUUAUUUGAACAGUGAGAGACAGAAUAACAACAACAAAAUCCAGAAAAACGCAUGUCAAAAAUGUUAUAAAUUGAUUUGCAUUUUAAUGAGGGAAAUAAGUAUUUGACCCCUCUGCAAAACAUUACUUAGUACUUGGUGGCAAAACCCUUGUUGGCAAUCACAGAGGUCAGACGUUUCUUGUAGUUGGCCACCAGGUUUGCACACAUCUCAGGAAGGAUUUUGUCCCACUCCUCUUUGCAGAUCUUCUCCAAGUCAUUAAGGUUUCGAGGCUGACAUUUGGCAACUCGAACCUUCAGCUCCCUCCACAGAUUUUCUAUGGGAUUAAGGUCUGGACAUUGGCUAGGCCACUCCAGGACCUUAAUGUGCUUCUUCUUGAGCCACUCCUUUGUGGCCUUGGCUGUGUGUUUUGGGUCAUUGUCAUGCUGGAAUACCCAUCCACAACCCAUUUUCAAUGCCCUGGCUGAGGGAAGGAGGUUCUCACCCAAGAUUUGACGGUACAUGGCCCCGUCCAUUGUCCCUUUGAUGCGGUGAAAUUGUCCUGUCCCCUUAGCAGAAAAACACCCCCAAAGCAUAAUGUUUCCACCUCCAUGUUUGACGGUUCUCAUGAUCAUUGCAACUCCACGAGGUGAGAUCUUGCAUGGUGCCCCAGGCCGAGGGAGAUUGACAGUUCUUUUGUGUUUCUUCCAUUUGCGAAUAAUCGCACCAACUGUUCUCACCUUCUCACCAAGCUGCUUGGCGAUGGUCUUGUAGCCCAUUCCAGCCUUGUGUAGGUCUACAAUCUUGUCCCUGACAUCCUUGGAGAGCUUUUUGGUCUUGGCCAUGGUGGAGAGUUUGGAAUCUGAUUGAUUGAUUGCUUCUGUGGACAGGUGUCUUUUAUACAGGUAACAAGCUGAGAUUAGGAGCACUCCCUUUAAGAGUGUGCUCCUAAUCUCAGCUCGUUACCUGUAUAAAAGACACCUGGUAGCCAGAAAUCUUUCUGAUUGAGAGGGGGUCAAAUACUUAUUUCCCUCAUUAAAAUGAAAUCAAUUUAUAACAUUUUUGACAUGCAUUUUUUCUGGAUUUUUUGUUGUUGUUAUUCUGUCUCUCACUGUUCAAAUAAACCUACCAUUAAAAUUAUAGACUGAUCAUUUCUUUGUCAGUGGGCAAACAUACAAAAUCAGCAGGGGAUCAAAUACUUUUUUCCCUGACUGUGAGUGAGUUUGGUGUGUGUUAAACCUCUCUCUCUGUCUGUCUCUGUCUCUGUCUCUGUCUCUCUCUCUCUCUGUCUCUCUCUGUCUGUCUCUCUCUCUCUCUGUCUGUGUAGUUGGUGAUGGAGUUCUGUGGGGCAGGCUCAGUAACAGAUCUGAUUAAGAACACCAAGGGGAACUCUCUGAAGGAGGAGUGGAUUGCCUACAUCUGCAGAGAGAUCCUUAGGGUACCACCCUCUAUGUAGAACUAAUGCAAUCAACACAUUUGGAAUGAGACCUACUGAAAUAAUGUCUUAUAAUUACCAACCUCUUUCUAUCGCUAGGGUCUGACCCAUCUCCACCAACAUAAGGUCAUCCACAGAGACAUCAAGGGUCAGAACGUCCUGCUGACAGAGAACGCAGAGGUCAAACUGGGUGAGGCAGGCAAGCAGGCAGGCAGGCAGGCCGGCCAGCCGGCAGACAGACAGACAGGCAGACAGACAGCAAACUGUUUAAACAUGAGUGUGUGUGUUUGUGUGCAUAUGUUCCAGUGGACUUCGGUGUGAGUGCCCAGUUGGACCGUACGGUGGGAAGGAGGAACACGUUUAUAGGGACGCCCUAUUGGAUGGCUCCUGAAGUCAUCGCCUGCGACGAAAAUCCUGAGGCCACCUACGACUUCAAGGUACCUUAGCUGGCUGUGUGUGGAUGCGUGUGUUUCUUUGAGGGUUUAGUGUAUUUUCCCUUCUCAUCUUCUCCAUCGCUCCUAACUUAUCUCUCUCUUUCUCUCUCUCAGAGUGAUCUGUGGUCUCUGGGUAUUACAGCUAUAGAGAUGGCAGAAGGAGCACCGCGUAAGUACCAGCACCUACCACACACAGGCUGGCACAAUACCGUGGCAUUAGACACUAUCAGAUGUUUUGUGCGUUGGUUGGAGGUGUUGUGGUUUGUUAUUGGGGGUAUCCUGAGAUGGGUAUUGUGUGUGUGUGUGUGUGUCAAGGCUCUGGUGUUAACCCUUUCUCUUCCUCUGCAGCACUGUGUGACAUGCACCCAAUGAGGGCUCUCUUCCUGAUCCCCAGGAACCCUGCCCCCAGACUCAAGUCCAAGAAGUGGUGAGUUACCACACACACACGCGCGCGCACUCACACAAACACUCACUAUGUUGUCUCUGUAUACGUUCAGGUCUAAGAAGUUCCAGUCGUUCAUCGAGAGUUGCUUAGUGAAGAGUCAUGGUCAGAGACCCAACACAGAACAGCUGUUGAAGCACCCCUUCAUCAGAGAGCUGCCCAACGAACGACAGGUCCGCAUCCAACUGAAGGACCACAUCGACAGAACCAAGAAGAAACGCGGAGAGAGGGGUGAGGCACACACACACACACACACACAACAGAGGGCUCAGAUCCCAUUGUGUCUGCCAUUGACGUGUGUUUGUAACUGGUUAAUGUGUGUGUGUGUUUCUAACCAUGUGUUACAGAUGAGACUGAGUAUGAGUACAGUGGCAGUGAGGAAGAGGAGGAGGAACGGGAUAUGGGGGAGCCAAGGUGGGGGUUUUCUGUGCUUGUGCGUACAUGCACUGGUGUGUGCAUGCGUAUUUGCUUCCAAAAGGGAUUUACGCUCAUAAACCUUCCCUCUCCUAUCUCUUCUCUCAUUGGUCCUUGUCCAGCUCCAUCAUCAACAUCCCUGGGGAGUCGACGUUGAGGCGGGACUUCCUGCGGCUGCAGCUGGCCAAUAAGGAGCGUUCUGAGGCUCUGAGGCGGCAGCAGUUGGAGCAACAGCAGAAUGAGGAACACAAACGCCUCCUGUUGGCAGAACGACAGAAACGCAUAGAGGAGCAGAAAGAACAGAGGAGGAGACUGGAGGAGGUAGAGCAGUGUUGGGAAGACCAGCAUGGUCUUUACUCUAUCAUGCCCACCUGGACCGUACUCUGCUGGCUCAGAUCGUUUCUGUUCACAUUGCAUUUUCCAGCACAGCUCAGCUUGAUAACAUAUCUGGUGCCAGCUUUGAUAACCUAUAUAAAAAGAAAGCACGCUGGUCCUAUACCAUUCAUUCUCUCUCUCACUGUCUUUAUUUUUUCUCUCUCACUCCCUCGCUCUCUCUCUCCAUCUCUCUCUUUCUCCAACAGCAACAGCGUAGGGAACGUGAGAUGAGGAAGCAACAGGAGAGAGAACAGAGGAGACGCUAUGAAGAGAUGGAACAACUACGGAGAGAUGAGGAGAGGAGGCACGCAGAGAGAGAACAGGUACACACACAGGUAACACUCAGGUGCGCACACACCCACACUCUCUCCCUCUCUCUCUCUCACACAUAACAUACACACAUCAACUAGGAAUCACCCCAUUCUGCCAGAGCUCUUUUGCAGACCAGAUAUAGACUUAACAUAGAUCUGUCAUGAGGCUGACAUUUAGAUGUUAUGAAGCUACAUGUCCCAGGCCAGGUAUAGUAAGGGUCUGGGUCAAGGAUCCGGAUGGUUCUGCUUCACUAAUGUUUCUCUUUCACUCUAAUGUUUAAUACUCACUCUCUAAAACACUUUGUUUUUCUCUCUUACACGCUUGAUUCAAUACUAAAUACCAAGUCUCUUUUUUUGGUAAUGCCGUUUUCUUUUCUUUCUUCCAACUGAAUCUGCUAAUCACUCUCUGUCUCUCUGUUCUCUCUCUCUCUCUCUCCCUCUCUCUCUGUAUCUCUUCUCUCUCUCUCUCUCCUCUGUAUCUCCCAUCUCAUGUCCUCUCUCUCUCUCAUCUGUCUCUGUCGUCUCUGAUCUCUCUCUCUGUCCUCUCUGUCUCUCUGUAGUCUCUCUCUCUCUCUCUGUAUCUCUCUCUCUUUGAUCUCUCUCUCUGUCCUCAUCUCUCUCUCUGUUCUCUCUGUCUUUCUGUCUUAUCUGUAUAUCUCUCUAUUCUCUCUCUAGUAUUAUCUAUAUAUUAUUACUAUAUCUUCUUCUCAUAUCGUAUAUCUUAUCUUCUAUCUCUAUGUAUUGCCUCUGUAUAUCUUCUCGUCUCUGUGUAUCUUCUCUCUAGUCUUCUCUCUCUACCUCUAUCGUAUUAUCUCUCUGUCAUCUCUCUAUUGUCACUCUACUCUAUUCUCUCGCUGUCUCUUCUUAGUCUCUCUCUCUAAUAUAUCGUCAUCUUCUAUGUCCUCUUUCUAUCUUCGUGUUCUCUCUUUUUAUGUCUCUAUAUGUCCGAUCUUACGCUGUUCCUCUCUCUUUUCAUGUCACUCAUCUCUGUCUCUAUCUCUGUCACUCUGCUUACUCAUGGCUUUUCUCCGUCCUCUCUCUUAUCUCUAUUGUGUCCUCUCUCUCUGUCUCUCUCUCUGUCCCUCUGUCUAUCUCUAUCGGUACUCUCUCUGAUGGUCCCCUCCUCUCUACUUUGUAUCUCUAUUGUACUUUGUUCUCUUCUCUAUGCUCUAUCUAUCUCAUCUCGUCUAUAUUAUCUGUAUCUCUAUCUCUCUAUAUUCUGCUUCUACUCUGUCGUAUCCUACUUUCAUCUAUUCUCUACGUCUCUCUCUCUGUCCUCUAUCUCUGUCCUUCUCUAUAUGUCUUCUAUAUCCUCUGUCUUAUCUCUCUCUCCUCUCUACUCUCUCUUCUUAUCUCUGUAUCUAUCUCAUCUCUGAUCUUUUCUCUAUCUUCUAUCUCUACUGUACUCUCUCUUCUCUCUGUCAUUUCCUCUAUCUGUCCUCUCUCGAUCUAUAUGUUCUUCUGUUGUCUCUCUUCUGUUCCCCUUUUUGUCCUUUUGCCCUUUUUUCUCUGUUUUUCUCGUCCUUUCUCUGUUUCUCUGUUCACUCCUCUUCUUCUUUUUCUCUCUGUUUUCUUUUCCUUUUCUUUCCCCCUUUUCCUCCUUUUGUCCUCUUUUCUUGCCCUCUCUCUCUGUGUCCUCUCUCUCUCUUUCUCUUUCUCUCUCUCUCUCUCUCUUAUCUCCAUUAUUCCCCUCUGCUAUGUUGGUCUUAAUCUUUACUUCGGGUUCUUUCUCUCUUUCAACAAAUCUUCUCCUUAAUCUGUCCUUGUCCAACCUCUCUCACUUUCUCUUUAUCCCUCUCCUUUCUCCUCUUCUCUCUCCAUCACUCUAUUUCUGCCUCUGAUGACUCACAUGGCUGCUCUCCUGCUGCUCUGAUUGGCUGAUAUCCUGGCUAUCUGGCCUGUGAUUGGUUAGGAGUAUAUCCGUAGGCAGCUGGAGGAGGAGCAAAGACAGCUGGAGAUUCUACAGCAACAACUGCUCCAGGAGCAGGCUCUACUGAUGGUAACCUCAUCCCUAAGUCCUCAGCCUAUCACCACUAACCAUUCACUCAGUGGCAUGUCCAGAACAUUUUGAAUGGGGUGGCCAAGGUGGGGCACAGACCCACUUUAGGGGUGCCAUAACAUUUUGAACCUUAAUUUCCAAUAUAAUUAUGAUGGUUCAACGCCAGUGGAGGCUGGUGACUUGAAAGAUUGAGGAGGACGGACCGCACAGAUGGCAAAGCUUGUUUGAAAAACUGUCUAAGACAAAUUAUUUUAACCUAAAACAUUUAUUAACGGCGUUUAUAGUUCAAUAUUCUAGGGAGUAGCAGUGGAGGACAGGCUCAUCAUAGAUGGAUGGUGUUUGACAAGCGCUCAACUCUUCCAUUUAUGGCAGGACAGGAUUGUACUGUGAAGACAAACUCCACAAAUAUGUGCAGUUAGACUAAACAGCCAACACAUAAAUUAUAAUGAUAUAAGCCUCUAUUUAUUGCAGGAUUGUGAUUAAUCAACAUUGACACUAGUUCAACAUUGACACCAGGGGUGGGCUGGCCCAGUCCUGGUGAAGAUGCUACUGAGUGUUUGCUGGAAUCAGCUUCCCUGCCCUGAAUGCUACUUGAGGAAGGUGUAAUACUGACAUCAGAUCAGAAAUUACUUGCACAACGUGCCGCUGGUCCCGCCUCAUUGAGUUGAUCAACUUGAGUAACGACCUAUCAGAUCUCAGAAUUUCUGGGGGGGGCCACCAGGGUUGUCGAUCAGAUUUCAGGGGGGGCCGUGGGCCACCCUCUGGACAUGCCACUGCUUCACUAUGGCUAUCUAGCCCUCUACUCCUACUCCACAUCUCAGUGUUGCCUCCACAAAAACCCCAUAUCUCUCUUGUGGAUCCAGCACAUACAUUGAGUCGUUGCAUUCCUCCCUGUGUAAACUGUAUGUGUGCGUGUAACUACAGGAGUACAAGCGUAAGCAGAUUGAGGAGCAGCGCCAGGCUGAGCGGCUCCAGAGACAGUUGCAGCAGGAGAGGGCCUACCUGGUGUCCUUACAGCAGCAGCAGGAGCCACGGCCACAAGACAACAAACAGCUGUACCACUACAAAGACACAGCCCCCAAUAACGACAAACCUGCCUGGGCCAAGGAGGUACUGUUAACACAGCACUCGUAGAUGGGUUCAGUUUAUGUGGUUACACCAGCAGUAUAUUUUACAACAUUUACAUCAUGUCUCCUACAAUGAUCUCUCUUUCUCGCUUCCAAAAGCAGGAUUUUGGUUUUCUGAAGAGUUGGAUCCCUGUAGCGUUGCAAUGUCUGAACUAUAAGAUAUAUGACAACGUCUCUCUCUUACUCCGACACACACAGCGUCUCCAUCAUGGACAGCUCCUCUACUAGUUUAUGUGUUAGUUCUAAAAGUGUUGUUCAGGUUCUGCCAUGGUAAUGUGUGUGUGUGCUUGAUUAGUAGACAAGUGUGUGUGUAAAAUGACAGUAUGUCCACCUGUAUAUGUGUGUGAUGUUGUGUAUGAUGCCCCCUGUCUCUAGGUGAUGCGUCGAGCCCAGAGUAACUCCCCUCGUAUACCUCCCAAGAAGCACCACUCCUUUAACCAGCCUCGAGAAGCCAGCCUAUCACACCUCCUCCUGCUCCCUGGUUACACCCCCCGCUCCCGCCCCCCCUCCUACCCUGCCCAAUCAAGCAACUCUGGAGAGAGGCUCCUCCAAUCUGAUAAUGUGACCGUUCCGUGUAUACGUGUGUCCUGUGCCUCUGAUCCUGUCCCUGACUCCUCUUAUCCAAUCCUGCGUCAUCCUGAGGCGAGAAGGAGGAGCCCUGAGGGAGGAGUCCAGGAGUCUAGGGGGAGGUGUCCAGGUCGUCUGGUCAGUCAGGGAGACACACCCACUUCCUGUGUGUCUGAUCCACUUCCUUGUCCCCCCUCUCUCUCCAGAGGUGGACUAACAUUAAUCCUUGACUGGUGUGUCUGGGGAGCUCUCUCUCUUUCCCUUCACUCCUUUCUUCUGGACGUGACUCUCCUUUCCCUAUUAACCAUUUUCUCUUCCCUUGCACCAGGGGACGGACUCCUGAAAAAACCCUGCCUGGAAUGUUCUAUGUUUUAGAAUGGUUGCUGGUGUUUUCUAGAAUGGUGGCUGGUGUUUUCUAGAACAGCUUUUUUCCUUCUCUACAUUCUGGAAUGGUGCAUGGCAUGGUUAUAGAUGUACUCUCAGAGACUAACAGACUUGUCAUUUCCAGAUUAUCGUCUGUAACUGUUUCAUUAACCCCUUCCUCCCAUCUCUCUCUUCCUCUAGAGGUCUUUACCACAGACUGGUCUGUCUCCUUCAGAAUCUCAGUUCUUCAAACUGAAUGUUUUAGUCUGCUUCAUGUUCAGGCUCCAUGCUUCUCUCAGGGACACACUGCAGCUCCUGAUUUAGCCUAGAUCCAGGCCACACACACCACACCAGGCUUGCCCCCCAGUGGCCACUGUGAACUGAUGUAGGCCAGCCGCGGCUAUAUCUGUCUCAGCCCACACGGGUGUAUCUACUUCCCUAUAGACACACACACCGGUACACACACACACACCGGUACACACACAGGCACGUACACACACAUGCAGACUGUAGCCAGGUCUGUCUCUGGUCUCUCCUGAACAUGGCUUCUCCUCCAUGGUAACGGCUCUGAGGGAAACUGGAGGUUUGACACACAUGUCACACAAGACACACAAACAUACAUGCAUUGAUAAAUAUGUCACUGACGGCCAAUAUAAAUGAUUGUGCUCUGUGUGUGCGGGUGUGUGUGCGUGCGUGUGUGUGUCAGGUGGAAGAGCGUUCCAAGCUGAACAGACAGAGUUCUCCAGCGCUGCAACAUAAAGUGUCCAACCGUAUCUCCGACCCAUCCCUGCCCCCCCGCUCAGAGUCCUUCAGCAGCGGGGGCAUACAGCAGGCCCGAACACCCCCCAUGCACCGCUCCGUAGAACCACAGGUGUGUGUGUGUGGGGGAGUGGAAGGGUGUGGGUGCAUGUGUACAGUAUAUGUAUGUGCACGUUUACCCUUUUUGAUGUUUGUUUCUCCUCCUUUCAUUUCCCCUUUCCCUCCCACUCUACCUUCCUCACCUCCCUCCCCCUCUACCUUCCUCACCUCCCUCCACCUAUCCUCCCUAUCCCCUUCCUUCUCCUCCCUUUCCCCCUCUCCCUCCCCUGUUCAUUUCCUCACCUCCCUCCCCCUCUCCUCUCUCCCGGCUCCUCUCUCUUCCUCCUCUACACCUGCUCCUCUACCUGCCUGGUCCUGAUGUAUGAUCCUGCUCCUCUGGUCUGGUCCUGGUCUGGUCUUGUCAGAUGGCCCACCUGGUGCAGGUGAAGUCCCAUGGUCUGUCUGGGUCCCAGUCUCUUCACGACCCUGCAGGGGUCACGGGUCUGUCCCCCUCCCCAUCCCCCGGCCGCCCCCCCAUGCCCCGCCAGAACUCUGACCCUACCUCAGACACCCCUCCUUCUAUACCUCUCCCCCGCCUCGCUCCCCCGCUCGACAAACUGGACCGCAGCUCCUGGCUACGAACGGACCUAGACCUACCUCCCAAGGUCUGCAUGACAAUGUCUGUUGGUUUGUGUCUGGAAUGCAAUGUCUCAACUUUUGGUGCCCCUUACAAUUGUUUAUCUCAUAUCACUAUGUACAUACAGUUUAGCAAACUUAGUUUGAGAUUGAGAAUACAGUAUAUGAUCUACUCAGACACUCUGUGUCCCACUUAGACCUUUUCUAACUGUUUUUUAUUGGUUCUGUGUGUGUGUGUGUGUGUGUGUGUGUGUGUGUGUGUGUGUGUGUGUGUGUGUGGUGUGUGUGUGUGUGUGUGUGUGUGUGUGUGUGUGUGUGUGUGUGUGUGUGUGGUGUGUGUGUGUGUUUGGUUUUACUAUCCUUGUGGGGACCAGAAGUCCUCACAAGGAUAGUACAACAAGGAAAAUUCGGACAAGUUCGGACAUUUUGCCGGUCCCCUCAUGGAAAAGGCUAUUUUAGGGUUAGGGGUUAGAGAAAUUAGGAUUUUGAAGGGGAAUCAAUUGUUUGGUCCCCACAAGGAUAGUAAAACACACGUGUGUGUAUGUGCAGGUGCCCCAGAGGACCACGUCUAUCUCUCCAGCCCUGGUCAGGAAGAACUCUCCUGGGAACGGACCUGGGGGCCUUGCUCCUAGAGCUGGAGCCAACCUGAUACAGGCCAGGUACACACACACACACAUAUAUACUAUACACACAUACACAAACGCCAUGUUCCUUUGUGAAUCAGGCAGUUUUUGUGUGUUGCCAUAGUAACCCAGACCUGCGGAGGGCUGAUGUUCCCAUGGAAACUCCCCUGAAGAGGAAGAGCAGCGGCAGCUCCUCCAGUUCCUCUACCCCUUCCUCCCAGGGGGGCAGCAACGAAAGAGGUACACACAAACACCACCACACACAGAUUCCCAUGUGUGUUACUGUAAAUGUUUCAACCCUUAAGACUCUAUACCAGGGGUGUCAAACUCAUUUUAGCUCAGGGGCCACAUGGAGGAAAAUCUAUUCCCAAGUGGGCCGGACCGGAAAAAUCAUGGUGUAUAUAUAACUUAAAAACAACAACUUCAGAUUGUUUUCUUUGUUUUAAUACGAUCAACAUACAACAUAAAGCUGGAGCCUGAGGACAGUGUGUCCAAAAUAGUACAAGCACAACAUCACUAUUAAUCAUAAAACACGUCAAGUUUAUUUGAAAAUUCUAAAGAACACACAAACACACAAUGCCUCAGUGAUUAACAGAACUGUUUCACAGAUCACAGAACUAUAUCAGGGUGUCAUUUCUCAGGCAGAAAUGUAGAUACAAAUAAUGAAAUCCUGUUCCCCAAACAAGUGCAAGAACCACAGAGUCAAGAAUAGGUUAAAUAUACAAAUAAAAUAAAAUCAAUUAAAAACAAUAGCACAUCAACAUAAAAACAUAUAAACAUAAAGCUGGAGCCUGAGGACAGUGUCCAAAAGCACAACAUCACUAUUAAUCAUAAAACACCUCAAGUUAUUUGAAAGUUCUGAGGACAAAGAACACACAAACACACAAUGCCUCAGUGAUUCGCAGAACUGUUUCACAGAUCACAGAACUAUAUCAGGGUGUCAUUUCUCAGGCAGAAAUGUAGAUAAAAAUUAUGAAAUCCUGUUCCCCAAACAAGUGCAAGAACCACAGAGUCAAUAAUAGGUUAAAUAUACAAAUAAGAUAAAAUCAAUUAAAAACAAUAGCACAUCAACAUAAAAACAUAUAAACAUAAAGCUGGAGCCUGAGGACAGUGUCCAAAAGCACAACAUCACUAUUAAUCAUAAAACACCUCAAGUUAUUUGAAAGUUCUGAGGACAAAGAACACACAAUGCCUCAGUGAUUCACAGAAGUAUAUCACAGAUCACAGAACUAUAUCAGGGUGUCAUUUCUCAGGCAGAAAUGUAGAUAAAAAUAAUGAAAUCCUGUUCCCCAAACAAGUGCAAGAACCACAGAGUCAAGAAUAGGUUAAAUAUACAAAUAAAAUAAAAUCAAUUAAAAACAAUAGCACAUCAACAUAAAAACAUAUAAACAUAAAUCUGAAAGCGUUGCUCAAACUCCCGUAACAGUCCCGUUAUUUUAUCUUUGAACCGCUUCAUGUCUGCCACAUGUUGGGUCGCGCACACAUUUUUCAGACAGGGGAAGUGAGCUGCAUCACCACCGGCAAGUUGCGUCUCCCACAAUGACAGCUUCAACUUGAGAGAACGUAUGCUGUCAUAAUACUGUGUGACAACUUUGUUGCGCCCUUGCAGCUGUUUGUUCAAGUUAUUCAGGUGCUCUGUAACAUCCACCAUAAAUGCAAGGUCCGGCAUCCAUUCUGCGGAAUGAAAUUCUAACACUGGUUUGCCUUUUUCUUCCAUGAACUGUUCAAUUUCUUCUCGUAAAUCAAAGAAACGCCUCAGCACAGCACCUCGGCUUAACCAUCUUACCUCAGUGUGGUAUGGCAGGCCAUAGAUGUGGUCUUUCUCUCUGAGAAGGCUGUCAAACUGACGGUGAUUCAGGCUUCUGGAUCGGAUGAAAUUAACAGUUUGGAUGACCACCUUCAUGACGUUAUCCAUCUUUAAUGACUUGCAACACAAAGCCUCCUGGUGCAAAAUACAGUGAAAAGUCAAAAAAUCACGUCCUCCAUUUGCAGAUUGCACUUUCUCUCUGAACUUUGUCACAACGCCUGCUUUUUUCCCGAUCAUUGAGGGCGCACCAUCUGUAGCCAGGCUGACAGCGCGGGACCAGUCCACUCCGACCCUGUCCAGCACACCAACGAGUGCGGUAAAAAUAUCAGCUGCUGUCGUUGUAUCUGUCAUCGGCACCAACUCCACGAACUCCUCGGUGACGGUCAAUGUGUCAUCAACUCCGUGGAUGAAAAAAUGGCCAGUUGUGCAACAUCUGUAAUGUCCGUGCUUUCAUCAAUUGCAACCGAAAACGCAAUAAAUGACUUUACUUUUUGCUUCAACUGGCUGUCCAAAUCCACUGAAAGAUCGGAAAUCCUGUCUGCAACUGUGUUUCUUGUCAGGCUGAUAUUUGCAAAAGCCUGCCGCUUUUCAGGGCACACAAUCUCUGCUGCCUUCAUCAUGCAUGUUUUUACAAAUUCACCCUCACUAAAUGGUUUUGAAGCCACUGCGAUUUCAUUAGCAAUGAGGUAGCUAGCUUUCACUGCAGCGUCACUGAUGUCUCGGCUGUGAGUAAACACAGACUGCUGUUUCUUCAGACCCGCCAACAGUUCAUUCACCUUCUCUCAUCUCCGCUGUCCUUGAAAGUUGUCAUAUUUGUCGGCAUGAAGACUCACAUAGUGGCGACGAAGGUUAUAUUCUUUCAGCACUGCAACAUGCUCUGAACACACCAAACAUACAGCUUUCCCAUUCAAUUCCGUGAUUAAAUAGGAUGACAAUUUUUCUUGGAACACUGCACUCUGCGUCCACUUUUCUCUUUUUUGACAUAGACAUAUUGGGGCAAUGAGGGUGCCAAAGCACAUAAUGUUAAAAGUAGAAGCCGUAAUAAAUAUUGCGGGCAAAACAAAGUAGCUCAUUGCUCAUUGCACGUGCUUGACCUACUUGCUCUGCCCCGGUAUAAACAGUUUGCUUGCUUAACACAAUUGCUAUUGCGCCAUCCAGUGGGCGCAAUUGGAACAGCAGUUUAUUUUAUUGAAAAAUUGCAGCGCAUUUUUAUACUUUACAAAAUUAAAACACUUUUUUUUAAUUUUUUUUAUUUUAAAUCAUCUCGCGGGCCGGAUUAAACCCGUUUGCGGGCCUGAUCCGGCCCGCGAGCCGUACGUUUGACACCCCUGCUCUAUACAGUCAGAGAGAAGAUGUGGUUGGUUGACUAUUUAGUGAGCAGUGAUGUGAUUGGUUGACAGGGGCCAAUAAAGCGGAGGGGUCUGGGGCACCGGCCCAGGAGACCAAAGAAGAGAACAGAGAUGUGACACUGACACGACCUAGCAGGCCCGCGGUGAGUACAGAAAAAACACAACCCAUUCUCUUCUUUGAACUAACCAAUACAUGUCUCAUCUCUUUCGUCUUCUCUCAUCUCUGUCCCUCCCACAUUCCUUUUUUAUUCUCUCCCUCCUCUUUCUCCGCUCUGCGUUUCUCUCCAACCUCUUUAGAGCUAUAAGAGAGCUGUAGAUGAGGUUAGUGGCAUUUCUCCUCCCCCUUUCUCCAUCUCGCUCACUCUCUCACCCAUUCACUUCCUAGCUCUUUCACUCAUUCAUCCACUCAGGGAUUUACUCACUAUCACCACCCUCUCCCCCUCUAGGGCUGUUGCGGUGACCAUAUUACCACCACACCGGCUGUCAUGACCGCAGUAAAAUUCCAUGUGACCGCUGAGUCACGGUAAUCUCCUCUUAUGCACUCUGGACAUGCAUUAGUAGUACCCAACUCUCUAACGACCAUCAGGUCGCUAACAGCCUGGUACUCAGGGCUCUAUUGUCCCUCUAACCACUCUGACAUCAAUGAAAAUGCAAUCAAAAAUCACAUAAAAAACGUAUCAUCAAAACAGUAUUGUGCUUUUAAAACUCACUUCAUGGGGCCUCCCGAGUGGCGCAGCGGUCUAAGGCACUGCACUGCAUCUCAGCACUUGAGGCGUCACUACAGACCCCCUGGUUAGAUUCCAGGCUGUAUCACAACCGGCCGUGAUUGGGAGUCCCAUAGGGUGGCGCACAAUUGGCCCAGCGUCGUCCAGGUUAGGGGAGGGUUUGGCCGGCGGGGCUUUACUUGGCUCAUCGCGCUCUAGCGACUCCUUGUGGCGGGCCGGGCGCCUGCAGGCUGACUUCGGUUGUCAGGUGAACGGUGUUUCCUCUGACACAUUGGUACAGCUGGCUUCCGGGUUAAGCGGGCGGGUGUUAAGAAGCGCGGUUUGACAGGUCGUGUAUCGGAGGACGCAUGACUCGACCUUCGCCUCUCCUAAGCCCGUUGGGGAGUUGCAGCGAUGAGACAAGAUCGUAAUUGGAUCGCAAUUGGAUAUCACGAAAAGGGGGUAAAAAAAAAAUAGGUAUAAAAUAAAAAUCACUUCACUGUGAUUGAUCAAUUUGAAUAAAGAAGUUCAAACUGGGAGAAACUGAGUGAAAAACAUGGUCUUUGUGGAUGUUGUUUCAAAGCCUAACAACGAAAUGGACAGUGCUUUCUAAGGUGAUGAUUAAUUCAAAACGCCCAUACGCAUAUUAGAGCUUAAGCCCGAAAAAAAAACUCGGAAUUAAAAUAAUGAUUGUGCCAUUAUACAAUACAUAGUUUACUGCUGGGGUCUCCAAAGGGUCGAUCACGAGCUGCCAGUAGCCCAUUUAUGAGUAGCCCCUGUCUGUCUGUGUGGUGCGAGUGUUUGUCUGUCACUCUGUGUGUAGCCAGUUGAUGUGACAACCGUCUUAUGGGUUGACAGAAACAUUUCCCCCAAAACCUUCUCAAUUAAAGGUUAACUGCAGAGUAGUCUUACCUGGCAGAAGUAUAUCAUAAGUAUAUCAUUUGUAUCUAUUAUUUUAUUUGUUAUUUGGAAACUUUACCAUGAAAUGAACAGCAGCAGUACAGAACCAUCACUAGACGGCACAUUCCUCAAGGGCCAGAUGCUCAAUUAAAGGGCCAGAUGUGCAAUUAAAGGGGAAUUACACUCAAACAUAUAAAUGUGUUUGUUUUCUUCCAGACCCCCAAUAAAUGGUCUUCAGAUGUGAUUUAAGCAUUUUCAUGGACUCAGAACAUCCAAUUUCGUUGUUUCUCUAUGAGCAAUUGUAAUUUUGAGAGUAAAAUAAAAAUCUAAAACCAGGAAAAAUAUAACCGAAAACAUAAUUUGGGAAAAUGUAAAACAGAUUUUAUAGGGCCCCCACUUAGAGUUGUUUAUUAACAACGUUUGCUACUUUCUCUUGUACACUAAGGACCCGGGGAAGAGUUGCAGGGGAGACGAGAAGAGAAGAGUGUACCUAUUUGAAAGCUAGAAAAACAUGAGUAGCUCGCAACGUUUCAUUUUUUAAAAGUAGCUCUCAUGCUAGAAAAGGUUGGAGAACCCUGGUCUAUCACAAAUUACGCACGGCAGAAAAACAUUACAAAAAUUACUGAUUUUAAGAUGUCUUUGGUGCAUAAUUGGUCUAGCCUAUACUCCAAAACUGAACAAAUUCUAGUAAUGGCCUUUGAGUGUGGAAUCUAUUAUUGUGCAUAGUGGAUGGACUGGUUACCUUAUGCUACGCUCCAAACGUUCUAUCCAUGAGUUUAGGAGAGAACGUAUUGGCCUAGGCAAUGCUUUUGGUUCAUUGAUUGUGCAGGGCAGCUUACAGAGUUUUAGCCUACAAUUAUAGUGAAUAUGUAUUUGAUUUUGAAUAGCCUAGUAAUAAGGUAUUUUUUAUAUUUUUUUGUUGUGAAAACAUGUUACUAUCGAUGUUCCCUAACAUAUGUCAUGUGUUUUCCCAAAUUAAGCACUAGAUAGCUGCAGGAACAGGGUUGGAGAGCCCAUGGCAUACAGAGGAAUAUGACUUGUCGCGCAGCGAGAGGCUGCAUGCUCCUCAAACAGUGGUUGAUGCCUGGAGUGAAAUAACCAGAAUAGCCAGCAUGAUUGAAAAACGAACAGGCGAGAAAGCGGCCUCCAUUCGCUAUUCGAGUGCAUACGGCUGACAUGUCUUUUUUCCCCCUGCUCUUGUUUCUGCCCAUUUCAUAAUGGGCCAUUCUAAAUCAAAACCAAUUUUACAUACAGUGGGGAAAAAAAGUAUUUAGUCAGCCACCAAUUGUGCAAGUUCUCCCACUUAAAAAGAUGAGAGAGGCCUGUAAUUUUCAUCAUAGGUACACGUCAACUAUGACAGACAAAAUGAGAAAGAAAAUUCCAGAAAAUCACAUUGUAGGAUUUUUAACGAAUUUAUUUGCAAAUUAUGGUGGAAAAUAACUAUUUGGUCAAUAACAAAAGUUUCUCAAUACUUUGUUAUAUACCCUUUGUUGGCAAUGACACAGGUCAAACGUUUUCUGUAAGUCUUCACAAGGUUUCCACACACUGUUGCUGGUAUUUUGGCCCAUUCCUCCAUGCAGAUCUCCUCUAGAGCAGUGAUGUUUUGGGGCUGUCGCUGGGCAACACAGACUUUCAACUCCCUCCAAAGAUUUUCUAUGGGGUUGAGAUCUGGAGACUGGCUAGGCCACUCCAGGACCUUGAAAUGCUUCUUACGAAGCCACGCCUUCGUUGCCCGGGCGGUGUGUUUGGGAUCAUUGUCAUGCUGAAAGACCCAGCCACGUUUCAUCUUCAAUGCCCUUGCUGAUGGAAGGAGGUUUUCACUCAAAAUCUCACGAUACAUGGCCCCAUUCAUUCUUUCCUUUACACGGAUCAGUCGUCCUGGUCCCUUUGCAGAAAAGCAGCCCCAAAGCAUGAUGUUUCCACCCCCAUGCUUCACAUUAGGUAUGGUGUUCUUUGGAUGCAACUCAGCAUUCUUUGUCCUCCAAACACGAUGAGUUGAGUUUUUACCAAAAAGUUAUAUUUUGGUUUCAUCUGACCAUAUGACAUUCUCCCAAUCCUCUUCUGGAUCAUCCAAAUGCACUCUAGCAAACUUCAGACGGGCCUGGACAUGUACUGGCUUAAGCAGGGGGACACGUCUGGCACUGCAGGAUUUGAGUCCCUGGCGGCGUAGUGUGUUACUGAUGGUAGGCUUUGUUACUUUGGUCCCAGCUCUCUGCAGGUCAUUCACUAGGUCCCCCCGUGUGGUUCUGGGAUUUUUGCUCACUGUUCUUGUGAUCAUUUUGACCCCACAGGGUGAGAUCUUGCGUGGAGCCCCAGAUCGAGGGAGAUUAUCAGUGGUCUUGUAUGUCUUCCAUUUCCUAAUAAUUGCUCCCACAGUUGAUUUCUUCAAACCAAGCUGCUUACCUAUUGCAGAUUCAGUCUUCCCAGCCUGGGGAAGGUCUACAAUUUUGUUUCUGGUGUCCUUUGACAGCUCUUUGGUCUUGGCCAUAGUGGAGCUUGGAGUGUGACUGUUUGAGGUUGUGGACAGGUGUCUUUUAUACUGAUAACAAGUUCAAACAGGUGCCAUUAAUACAGGUAACGAGUGGAGGACAGAGGAGCCUCUUAAAGAAGAAGUUACAGGUCUGUGAGAGCCAGAAAUCUUGCUUGUUUGUAGGUGACCAAAUACUUAUUUUCCACCAUAAUUUGCAAAUAAAUUCAUAAAAAAUCCUACAGUGUGAUUUUCUGGAGAAAAAAAAUCUCAAUUUGUCUGUCAUAGUUGACGUGUACCUAUGAUGAAAAUUACAGGCCUCUCAUCUUUUUAAGUGGGAGAACUUGCGCAAUUGGUGGCUGACUAAAUACUUUUUUCCCCCACUGUAUUCUAAGGUUUGUAUCAUUCACAACUAAACUUGGCAAAUAACUCUAAAUAACGUAUAGGACCUGUUUCAAAUUAUCACUUUUACGCUCAACAUAGCCACUUCAUAUGCACACUCGAUCCAGAAUGGGAAAAAUAUACUUUCUAUUUUAUUCAGCUAAGUUCAAUUAUAUUAUUCUCACUAUAAAAUUAUAUAAUAUAAAAUAAUGGCACAGGAUUUAUAAGCAUAUCUUGUCAGCUAAAUGAAAAAGCCUACAGCCUAUGGCAUGGAGCAUAGCCAGAUAACAUACAGUAGGCCAACUCAUAUUCUGUUCUUCUGAAAUACACUGAACAAAAAUAUAAACGCAACGUAAAAGUGUUGGUCCGAUGUUUCAUGAGCUGAAAUAAAAGAUCCCUGAAAUUGUCCAUACGCACAAAAUCUUAUCUCUCAAAUUUUGUGCACAAAUUUGUUUAUCACUGUUAGUGAGCAUUUCUUUUUUGCCAAGAUAAUCCAUCCACCUGAAAGGUGUGGGAUAUCAAGAAGCUGAUUAAACAGCAUGGUCAUUACUCAGGUGCACCUUGUGCUGGGGACAAUAAAAGGCCACUCUAAAAUGUGCAGUUUUGUCACACAACACAAUGCCACACAUUUUUCAAGUUUUGAGGGAGCUUGCAAUUGGCAUGCUGAAUGCAGGAAUGUCCACCAGAGCUGUUGCCUGAUAAUUUAAUGUUCAUUUCUCUACCAUAAGCCGCCUCCAACGUAGUUUUAGAGAAUUUGGCAGUACGUCCAUCCGGCCUCAAAACCACAGAUCACAUGUAAGCAGGCCAGCCCAGGACCUCCACAUCCGGCUUCUUCACCUGUGGGAUUGUCUGAGAAAGUGGGUUUGUGGGUUUGCACAAGUGGGUUUUGCACAACCGAAAAAUGUCUGUACAAACUGUCAGAAACCGUCUCGGGGAAGCUCAUCUGUGUGCUCGUUGUCCUCACCAGGGUCUUGAUCUGACUGCAGUUUUGCGUCGUAACCAACUUCACUGGGCAAAUGCUCACCUUCGAUGGCCGCUGGCACGCUGGAGAAGUGUGCUCCUCACGAAUGAAUCCCAGUUUCAACUGUACUGGGCAGAUGGCAGACAAGCGCGUAUGGCGUUGUGUGGGCGAGCGGUUUGCUGAUGUCAACGUUGUGAACAGAGUGUCCCGUGGUGGUGGGGUUAUGGUAUGGGCAAGCAUAAGCUACGGACAACGAACACAAUUGCGUUUGAUGGCAAUUUGAAUGCACAGAGCUACCGUAACGAGAUCCUGAGGCCCAUUGUCGUGCCAUUGAUCCGCCGCCAUCACCUCAUGUUUCAGCAUGAUAAUGCACGGCCCCAUGUCGCAAGGAUCUGUACACAAUUCCUGGAAGCUGAAAAUGUCCCAGUUCUUCCAUGGCCUGCAUACUCACCAGACGUCACCUAUUAGGCAUGUUUGGGAUGCUCUGGAUCGACGUGUACGAAAACGUGUUCCAGGUCCCGCCAAUAUCCAGCAACUUCGCACAGCCAUUGAAGAGGAGUGGGACAGCAUUUCCACAGGCCAGAAUCAACAGGCAAAUGUAGCAUAUUUGGGAUGCUCUGGAUCGACGUGUACGACAGCCUGAUCAACUCUGUGCGAAGGACAUGUGUCGCGCUGCAUGAGGCAAAUGGUGGUCAUACCAGAUACUGACUGGUUUUCUGAUCCACACCCCUACCUUUUUUUUAAGGUAUCUGUGACCAACAGAUACAUAUCUGUAUUCUAUUGUUAUAGCUUCAUUCUUACAUCAUCUACCUCUCUCUCCCCUUUUCUCUCUCUUAUUGCCUGUCUUUCUCACUAUCUCUCUUUUUCUAUUUUAUCUCUCCCUCUAUCAUCCAGGAGGAGUUGGUAAGAUAUCUAUUGAUUCCCAUGUGCACGCUCAUAUCCACACUGUCCUCUCUUUUCACAUGCACGCCCAGGGCCGGAUUAAGAAAUCACAGGACCCGGGGCUUUGGUUUUUGUGUUGUGACAAUGUAGGGGUGGUUAUAGAAGAUAGCCUUGUUUGGUAAAAGACCAAGUCCAUAUUAUGGCAAGAACCGCUCAAAUAAGCAAAGAGAAACGACAGUCCAUCAUUACUUUAAGACAUGAAGGUCAGUCAAUCCGGAACAUUUCAAGAACUUUGAAAGUUUCUUCAAGUGCAGUCGCAAAAACCAUCAAUCGCUAUGAUGAAACUGGCUAUCAUGAGGACCGCUACAGGAAAGGAAGACCCAGAGUUACCUCUGCUGCAGAGGAUAAGUUCAUUAGAGUUACCAGCCUCAUAAAUUGCAGCCCAAAUAAAUGAUUCACAGAGUUCAAGUAACAGACACAUCUCAACAUGAACUGUUCAGAGGGGACUGUGUGAAUCAGGCCUUCAUGGUCAAAUUGCUGCAAAGAAACCACUACUAAAGGACACCAAUAAGAAGAAGAGACUUGCUUGUGCCAAGAAACAUGAGCAAUGGACAUUAGACCGGUGGAAAUCUGUCCUUUGGUCUGAUGAGUCAGAAUUUGAGAUUUUUGGUUCCAACCGCCGUGUCUUUGUGAGACGCAGAGAAGGUCAACGGAUAAUCUCUACAUGUGUGUUUCCCACCGUGAAGCAUGGAGGAGGAGGAGGUGUGGGGGUGCUUUGCUGGUGACACUGUCUGUGAUUUAUUUAGAAUUCAAGGCGCACUUAACUAGCAUGGCUACCACAGCAUUCUGCAGCGAUACGACAUCCCAUCUGGUUUGGGCUUACAUUUACAUUUUAGUCAUUUAGCAGACGCUCUUAUCCAGAUCAACUUAUAGUUAGUGAUUGCAUACAUUUUCAUACUGGCCCCCCGUGGGAAACGAAUCCACAACCCUAGCGUUGCAAGUGCCAUGCUCUACCAACUGAGCUACAGGGCUUAGUGGGACUAUCAUUUGUUUUUCAACAGGACAAUGACCCAACACACCUCCAGGCUGUGUAAGGGCUAUUUGACCAAGAAGGAGAGUGAUGUAGUGCUGCGUCAGAUAACCUGGCCUUCACAAUCCCCCGACCUCAACCAAAUUGAAAUGGUUUGGGAUGAGUCGGACGGCAGAGUGAAGGAAAAGCAGCCAACAAGUGCUCAGCAUAUGUGGGAACUCCUUCAAGACUGUUGGAAAAGCAUUCCAGGUGAAGUUGGUUGAGAGAAUGCCAAGAGUGUGCAAAGCUGUCAUCAAGGCAAAGGGUGGCUAUUUGAAGAAUCUCAAAUAUAAACACUUUUUUGGUUGCUACAUGAUUCCAUAUGUGUUAUUUCAUAGUUUUGUUGUCUUCACUAUUAUUCUACAAUGUAGAAAAUAGUAAAAAAUAAAGAAAUACCCUUGAAUGAGUAGGUGUGUCCAAACUUUUGACUGGUACUGGACAGUAUAUUCCUUAAUAAGUUUUUUAUACAUUUUUUGCUGCCUCUUGGGUCCCCACGGGCCUGGGCCCAGGGGCUUCAGCCCCGGUAAGCCCCUGCAUUAAGCCGGCCCUGUGCACGCCCCUCUCUCCUCUAGCUCACCUGUUUUGCUCUACCUGUGCCGUUUGACAGAGGCAGACUGGGGAGUAUUGGAGCUGUGUUUCCCCUUAAACUGAUGACCCAUAACCUCUAACCCCUGACCUCUCACUCCUCAACUCCUGUUCCCAGAACCCUAACCCCUCUGUUAGUGACCUUUCCUGACUGCAUCCUGACUGAAUCCUAAUUGUUCCUCACUCACACUGAGGAAGGAGUUAGCUGCUGAAAAAUUGAUGUGUUAAAUGUUGUGCCAAUAAAAUGUUACCCGUAAAUCCAAAGCAACUGUGAGUGCUGACCUUUUUAUAAUAUCCUCUACUGACCUUUGACCACCAGGACCUGACGGCUCUAGCCAAGGAGCUGAGGGAACUGCGUCAGGGGGAUGAGCCCAAUCGCCCGCCCAUCAAGGUGACGGACUACUCCUCGUCCAGUGACGAGUCACAGAGUGACGAGGAUGUAGAGGAGGGAGAGGGAGGAAGUAAUGACGGCUCUGUGUCUGUCAGCGACAUCCCACGCAUCAUGUGAGUAUGUGUGUGUGUAUGUUAGAAAGUGUGUGUGUCUGCAUUUUAGCUAUGCAUUUAUUUUAUUUUAUUGUAGUUUUGUAUUUUAAAUCUGCAAUAUGUAACUUUUUGGGAACCUGAACAAAUUCACAUAGAAAUGUGAGUUAUAGUUCUGUAAUUCCAUUGAAAGCAAGUCUAAGAAGCGGUAGAUCUGUUCUACAGUAUGUGCGCUAUUUGCGUCUUUUACUUUCGGUUUUGUACACCAGCUUCAAAAAGCUGAAAAUACAAAAUGUUUGGUUAUGGAAAAUACAAUUCUGUGGUUUAGAUGGUACAAAUGAUUCUCUACACUAUACUUGCUUGUUUUGUCAUAUAAACUGAAAUUACUAUUAGAAUUUUAGCAACCAGGAAAUGGCAGAGCGAUUUCUUCAUAGGGCAUCUUUAAGUAUUUUUAACUUGUGUGUGUGUGUGUGUCAGGCCGGCUGCGGGGCAGAGUAGCGGUGAGGCGUACGGUGUAAUGGGAGGACAUAAUGAUUCCUACGGCAACAGUUCACAAGACAGCACCCUGAUGAUGAGAGAGGUCAGUCACCUUUCACUUUUAACCCCUGACCACUGGGCUCCACUCUGCUUCCUUUAUACACAACUCAGCAUCCUGGCAUGCACUCGGCUCUGCGUGUGUCUGUGUCUGUCUGUCUGGUAUGAGUCUCUGCAUUGUCACUCCUCUGGGUUCACCCACCUUCCACAUCAGGGGCAGAACAUACCCCUUAACCACAGAUCCAGAUGAACCUCCUAAACCCUAAACCUAACCUUAACCAUUAGAUUCCAACCUUAACCUUACCUUAACCACAAAUCUAGAAUCAUCUUAUCCUUCCCAAAUCCUACCCAUCACAAGGAAAUACAUUAAUCUGACCUUAGAUAAGUGUGUAGAGUGGCCCUUACUCUCCCUCUGUUCCAGACCUAUGGGGACAAGAGGUGGAGCUCCGCUCUCGCCGACAGCAACGGUUUCCCCGGAAACGCCAAUCUGCCCGAUCUGGUGCAGCAAAGCCCCUCCCCCAUGGUCUCCCCUGGCGAUGGCUCUGGGCGCAGCCACCCCAAA